GGGCUUGUCCGGGCAAGCCGGUUCCGCAGCCGGCACGGGAUCCACGUGAAGCCUGGGAAAGUGCGGCCGGGUCUUCAGCACACUGCCCCGUUGGCAGACAGCCUCCAGAGCUUCUCUUACCCCUGCCUGUGAGCUGGCUGACAUGGUGCCAGGGGAAGUCCCCGAGUCUACUCAGUGUCCGUCUCUCACCAGCCUGAAUGCCAAGGAUGUGGUUCGGAGAAGACACAAGAGGAGGAGCCGGCAGCACCAGCGAUUCCUGGCCCGCAAGGCCUUGAUUACAGGGCAGAAGCUGUUGAGUGUGGCAUCAGGGUCAGGAGCCUGCCCUCUGCCCUCACCAUCACAGAUGCCAGCAGGCACAGAGGCUUCAGGCAACAGGAGGCAACGUCCCAAGGCCAAGUCUGGCAGCAAUGGCCUGUGCAGCAAAAAGCCUGUCCCCAGAGAAGCCCCAGGGUCUGGGCCCAGCAAGUGUGUGGCCAUUGACUGUGAGAUGGUGGGUACAGGCCCCCAAGGGCGGGUGAGCGAGCUAGCCCGCUGCUCCGUGGUGAGUUACAGUGGUGACGUUCUCUAUGACAAGUACAUCCGGCCUGAAAUGCCCAUUGUGGACUAUCGCACCCGCUGGAGUGGCAUUACCCGCCAGCACAUGCACAAGGCUAUCCCCUUUCAAGUGGCCCAGAAGGAGAUCCUUAAGCUGUUGAAGGGCAAGGUGGUGGUGGGGCAUGCACUGCACAAUGACUUCCAGGCCCUGAAGUAUGUCCACCCUCGCAGCCAGACCCGGGAUACCACUUACGUCCCAAGCCUGCUCAGCCAGCCCAGCUCCCUCACCCGAACUCGGGUCUCUCUUAAGGACCUGGCCUUGAACCUGCUGCACAAGAAGAUCCAGGUAGGCCACCAGGGACACUCAUCUGUGGAAGACGCCAUGACAGCCAUGGAGCUCUACCAGCUGGUGGAGGUGCAGUGGGAGCAGCAAGUGGCCAGUUCCGCCAAGGCCCAUCCUGAGGACAGGGGGCCUGACAGCAGCACUGACGUGGAGCAGUACAUGGAUGACCAGUACUGGCCCGAGGACCUGACCGAGAGCACCAGUGGGGAAACAAGGGGGGCCCAGGAUAGUCGAGAGGAAGAGGAAGGGCAGGGAACCAGGAAUGCUCCUCCCUAGUCACACAGGGUAGGAGGUAAUCACCUGGUAACCAGACUCACUAAGGCAGUGUUUCUCAAAACCUGAGGGUCAGGACUCCUUUGUGGGUUGAAUAACCCUUCACAGGGGUCACCUAAGACCAUCAGAAGACAGGUGUUUACAUUACAAUUCAUAACUAGCAAAAUUACAGUUAUGAAAUAGCAACAGAAAUCAUUUUAUUUUGGGAGGUCUCCACAGCAUGAGGAGCUGUACUAAAGGGUCACAGCUUUAGGAAGGUUGAGAACCACUUGUCUGGAAUAACUUAAGGCGCUGGGAGGCAAGGGCUCAGGUCAUACCCUCCUCACAAGAGUCUCAUCAUUCCUGACACUUAGCAUGGAGACAUUAGAGAGCCUGUGGCUUCCCCAUUGAGCCUUUUCCCCAUUGUAAGUGGGAAGAGUAGCAGAGCCUACCUCACGGGUGUCUGAGCACUGUGAGCGUAUCCUAGUGAUGAACAGGAUGGGCUCUGUUCAGUCCUGAUUUCUGAGCAGCUAUGGCUCAGGCCGGACCCUUUGCCUUGGCUUUUCCAUCAGAUGAGGUGGUGGCCUGGGCAAGGGUGUUGCAGGGGAGUUCAGAGGUCUCUGCAGGUCCUGCUGCCACUUCUGUCUCCACAUCUGCCUCCUGACACUGCAUUUGAGAAAGUGACAAUAGUAAUCCAGACGAGGUCAGAAAUGAAGGGACACUACUGAGACCACACUUCCACUGUCCACUGAUUACAGGAAGUGUUAGUCACGGAUUGUUAGAUUGCUGGCUCCUCUCUGGCAGGGAAGGAGGGAGCUGGCCAGAUCAUCACCACCACUUCUGGCUGGGCACCAGGGGCGAGCUCUUGUUUCCUUAAAAAGCAGCCGCUCAUGCCAGCCUUGAUGCUGGGCAGUAACGUUUGUGGGUUGAAGGGUGGGGGAACAGAGCUGGGAGAAGUGCACUGUGAGAAAUCAGACCGUUUGCACAGGAAUAAAGUGCAACUGGAAAAGUG